CCCCUACUUCCCCUCUAGGCUCUAUCCAUCUUCCUUCGUCUGUCUGUCUGUCUUUAUAGUAUUUCCAAAUACAGGCCCUCUUCUCAUCAAUGAAAGCUGUUAAUUUAUCACUGAAUCGAGAAAAUACAGAUCAAAAAACUUUGAUUUUUUAUUUUUCUUUUUGCGAGUAAAUCAAUAAAUAAUUUUCAUUUUCAUAUAUAAAUAAAUAUAGAAAGAGAAAGAGAGAGAGGGAGAGAGAGAGAGAGAGAGAAAUAGGGGUUAGGGUUGCGUAGGUAUGGGAUUGGGCGAUAUGGAUCUUCUGGAAGACGGUGAUUCGGGAGGAGGCGGAGAAGGAGGAGGCAAGGCGUCGGCAGCGGUGUCGUGUUCGAUUUGCCUGGAAGCGGUGACCGAUAAUGGGGAUAGAUCCUGGGCUAAGCUUCAAUGCGGCCAUCAAUUCCACCUCGAUUGCAUUGGAUCUGCAUUUAAUGCAAAGGGAGCAAUGCAAUGCCCAAACUGUCGAAAAGUUGAGAAAGGUCAAUGGCUUUAUGCUAGUGGUCAUCGUUCAUUGCCUGAGUUUAGCAUGGAUGACUGGGCCCAUGAUGAGGACCUGUAUGAUCUAAGUUUCUCUGAAAUGUCAUUUGGAGUUCAUUGGUGUCCGUUUAGUGGAUUAACUCGACUACCUUCAUCUUUUGAUGAAGGAGAUUUUGGUUCGAGUGCAUAUCAUGAUCUUCUAGGGAACCAUGCUGUUUUCGCUGAACAUACUGCUGCUGUCUCUUCGUCCACUCAUCCAUGCCCAUAUAUUGCCUAUGUUGGUAUUCAUCCAACAUCCUCAAAUUCAAGUGGAAGUGUGUCUGAUGGUCCUAAUUUUAACAAUCACUGGAGCAGUUCAGCUGUUCCAAAUGAAAUUCCAACAACAUAUGCUUUUCCAGGCAUGGAUGUCCAUUAUCAUGGGUGGGAGCACCACCAUUCAUCUUCUUUUCCUACAAGUAGCAGCCGUAUUGGUAAUACUGAUCAGCCCUCCAUUCCCUCUGUUUCUCAGAGAGCUGCUAGAACAAACUCUGAUAUACCAAGACCUGGAUCUUUUGUCCACCCAUUCCUUGUCAGUCACAGUUCUGGUCGACCUGGGAGUUCAGUUGCCUCAUCAAUGAUUCCUCCUUAUCCUGGAAGUGUAGCUCGGGCUCGUGACCGUGUUCAGGCUCUUCAAGCAUAUUUCCAGCAACCCAGCAGCAAUUCACCUGCUGCCGCCGCCGCUGCUGCUGCUGUACGGACGCCAGUUAUGUCUGGUGGUCGGAGAUCCAACAGUCACAGGGUGGUCCCUCAAGUUGGGCCAGUGGCAUCCUCGUCUGAUCAGGCGGCGGGAGGCUUUUACUUCUACCCAUCUGCUUCAUCUGGAAGGAGCUUUCAAGAAGCAGAAAACCCUAACCGAUACCACAGUUGGGAGCGGGAACACUUGCCGGCCUUCAACCUACCCCAGCAGCAGCAGCAGGAGGUUGAAAGAGAUCAAAUAUGGGGGCCAUAUCACCAUGCACAGGCACAGGCAGGCAGUGGGUCUGAUUCCGGUAUCAGAUCUGGCAGCGGUGGUGGCGGCAAUUUCCGUCAGAGGCAUGGAUCUGAAAGGAUGCCAUCUCAGAAUCGGUCAUAGAUUUGCUCUGAGCUGCUCUCCUCUCCUCUCCUCAAUCUUAUGAUUUAUUUAAAAGAGAAAAACUGUGAUUACUAUGGCUAUGGCUGAAACGCACUCUUUAUGUAUGCUUUUGAGAAAACCAUGUAUACUGAUUGGAAAGGACUGGAGUCCCUGGUUUUAGUGGUCUGUCAAAUAUGGGCAGAUUGCCAGAUUGUAUACUGUUGUUGGUGGCCCCGAAAUGACUCUUUUCUCUAGGCCACAUGGAUGCAUGCAUGUGUUAUGGCCAAGAGUAAACACUUAAAUUGCCUUUGGUUCAUAAUU